AUGAUUCAGGACACGCUCCAUAAGGCCACAUACUACAUAAUCAUCGAAGAAGAGACAAAAGUCUUGUCGCAAAAACAGAGGCUGACGAAAACAUCCUCUAAGGAUCCCAGGUCGGAUCAGAAACCUAAAAGGAGAAACCCUCGUAACGACAAAAACGUCCAUUACGGGGAGGAAGAGACCCAGAGAGCGCAUAACUACGCCACCAGUUCCGGACCGGAGCAAGGCCGGACGACGGGUAAUACAUGGACCCGAAAUCCGAAUUACGAUGAAAACGCCUUCUGUGACUUUCACCAGGCCCGCGGCCACUCGACCGUAAACUGCAAGGUUCUCGGUGCCAGGUUGGCCGCAAAGCUACUCGCGGGAGAACUCGCCGAAGUAUCUAGCGUAAAAGACCUCGUCUGCAAUUCAGACCGCCCUCCGAGAAACGAUAAGGCCCCUCAAACGGAGAACUCUCUCCAAGGGAACCAAUCAGGAGAAAAGCGCGGGAGAAGACAGGACGAGAAGGGCAACGACGAUAGUCGCCACAGGGUCAACAUGAUCAUUGGAGGAUCGCAGUACUGCAGCGACACCAUCUCCGCCAUCAAAGCUUAUGAGCGCAAGGCUGAGACGUGCAAAAAUUCGCUAACCUGGUCCGCGCUUGGCUACUUCCCGAAAGGAGUGAUCACCUUCGCUGAAGAAGAGGCCAGCAGGAUCGAUCAGCCCCACUGCGAUCCGCUCGUGAUAAGGAAUCUCGAGGUCACAAGAGUUCUCAUUGACACGGGCAGCAUGGUCAAUGUCAUCUUCCGCGAUACCCUUAAAAGGAUGGACGUCGAGCUAGGAGAAAUCGUACCGCCCCCAAGCCGCCAACCGGUUUCGAGGGUGCGACAUCUAUGA